CUUCAAAAUGGCAGCCAAAUAUUUACAGUGUUGUUAAAAUGUAUGUUUAGGACAUGUUUUUGCUAAAAAUAUACUGUCAAAGUGAUGAAAAAGAGAAAGAUAGGUGUGAAAAUCAACAAUAGUUCGCAGUUUUAAAAAAUUCUAAUAACAGAUAAAAAUAUAUUUAUGAAACAAAGCCUGCCCAAAUUCUUUAAAAAAUAUACAUACCAACAAUAAUGGUGGACAGACCAAAACUGCAGGUUCCUAAAGACAGUCCGGCAUCAGCUUUCAUUAAAAACAACUCGGAUAUUGUUAGCUAUGAAGAUUUGAUAGUUGCUCAGUAUUUGGAUGACUUGAAAAGGUCACGACAUGAACUGAAGAAAUUUAAGGACUCACCACUGUCACCCUAUUCUCAAAGAUUUCCUAAUGGAGCAUUUGGUAGACGCACUAGAAGAAGACCUGUAUCCGCGUCAAUUGUAGGGCGAUCAAAGACUACUGGUAAACCCAAAAUUGAUGUAAAGUACAUAGCUGAUCAUACAUUAUGGGAUGCUGCUACACCAAGAACUGAUAAAGCCUUAACAAAGUUAUCUAGGCCAUCUAGUGCUCCUAUUAAAUUCAGAAGACCACAGUCAGCUACAUCAUCAAUUUAUUCUUAUGGCAGACAUAGACCUCCAUCUGGCAGAAGUAAACCACUAUACAAGAAACAACCACACAUUAUACGAGUUAGUGCAUAUAAAAAUGGUUGUAAAGAUACACCAGUUAGAGCUGCAGCUUCUAGUAUCAAAAUGCUUUUAGAGUUUUUAACGGACAAGUUAGGACUACCAUUUGCUGCAAGAAGAAUAUUUUUAGAAGAUGGUAUAGAAGUAUUUGAAGCCUGUGAUAUUCCGACAUAUAGUGAAGUAUUUAUAUCUAUGGGAGAGCCUUAUAAAGACCCUGAUGAAUCAGCUAAAAGAAAUCUGCUUCAGAGAACAGGUGCUACAUGGACAUUAAGUGGUGUUAACCUGCUCCCGGAAGGAAAAAAGAAAACAACGAAAGCUAAGAUGUCUAAACGUAUGAGAUCUUUAACAGACAAGAAGAAAGUUAGAAUAAUAGUAUAUAGAAAUGGUAAUGGUAAUGAACCAGUCGAAGUUGUGGCCGAUUUAACAGAAAAAGAAAAUUUUUUGGAAGGAUGUACAGGAAGAUUGAAUCUUACAAGUCAUGCUCGUAUACUUUAUGAUUGGGAUGGAAAUGAGAUAACUGAUCUAAUAGACACACCGAUGGUAGAUGACUGUUUGCAGACGGGUGGUACACCAGCUUUAGGUCCACUAUGGGUAUCAAUUGGUGAUGGUUUUAGUCCUUCUGGUGCUAGAGAUUAUAUAGCACAGUUAAUACAAAUACUAAAGAAAAAACUUCGAGAUGUUAAAAAGUUUAAAACUGAGAUUGAUAUAGCUUUAAAUGAUGAUAUGGACAACGUUACUAUAAGAGCCAUUAAGUCUAUGACUCCGGAAGAAUUAUAUGAUGCCCAAUCUAAGGUUGAGAAUGAUGUAGACCAAUAUAAAGAAACUUUACAGAAAUUAAAGAGUAAAUUAGAAAAUUUGGAGGAGAAACACCAGCAAGAAGAGUCCUAUGGUGCUAGUUAUAGAAUGACACAUAUACAAGAAAUACCAGCAGAUUGUCGACUUGUUGGAAUGAAAGGUCUACGAUUAAAGGUUUUUAAAAAUGGUCAAGCAGAAGGAGAACAUGUAUCUUUCUUUAAUUUACGAGAAGCUAUGAAAGGAAUACAUGGUGAUAAAGAACUUUUGAUGAAAAGACUUUUAGAUGAACUAUCUAGUAGCCACUGGACAAAUAACAUACAAACUCCCAAACUAAAUGCUAUUGCUCAGCAAAUCUAUGAUAAAUUUGGUCAUGAGAUAACAGAUGUCAUGCAGUUAAAAUAUGAUCAAGAAAUAUGGCUGUCAUUUGGAGAGGCUUUCAUCACUCCAUUCACUUAUUGUCUAGAAGCAUCUUUUGAUAGAGCAACUAAAGCUGAUAAAGAAGGUGUAGAACGUGUUCUUCGAGAACAAAUAAUGAAAGAUGAUCUAGAAGGAAAAGAAGAACAUAGUCAAUGGGAAUCAACAAUAGGUUUUCCUAUGUUAUAUGAACCUGCCAUACAAUCUUUGUAUGCUGAUGCUGAACGAAACGAUUGGUUAUUACAAAAUGCUGAAAUAGACAGUAGAGGACAUUAUCUUAUACAUAAAGAGAAGAGAGAUCUAGUUUUAUAUCCUGAAGUAGCUGCGGAUGAGAAACGAAAGAGAGGAAACAAGGAUCAACAAAUUUGGAUCAUAUCAAAGAGUGGUUAUAUAUACAGUCGUUAUAUGCCACAGUUAUGUCUGGGUGUAUCAGAUACAGUUAUUGAAGGGAAAUUGUUUGAUAAAGACGUCACUGUUGAAGGUCCAGUUGUUACAUUACAAAAGCGACAGACACAGAAUCCUAAUCAGAUGUGGACCUUUAAUGUGGAUGGUUCAAUAUCAUCUCAGUCACACCCAGAGAAGAAAUUAACGUAUAUAGGAUCUAAGCUUGGUGAUGAUGAAUCUUAUAAUAAUAAUAAACCUACUGGGGCUUUGUGUGGUGUUCGUGUCUGUUUAGUCAUCUGUGAUGCCUUACAAAAUGUCUCAAAAAAAGAUGUCAGUAGUCAGAGGUUUGCUAUAAAACAAGAAAAGUUUGAAAAUCUUGGUCAGUGGAAACAUACAGAAGCCAGUAAUCCUGAUUUCAAUAAAUUGGCAUAUUCCUGGCCAGUUAAAGAAAAUGGUGAAAUAAAUGAAAACUAUGAUUGGCCAAUGGAAGGAUAUAUAAUACCCAAUGCUCCACCAAUCAGAAAGGCUACACAAAAAGGAUAUGCACCAUUAAGGUUGAUGGCGUUAAAGAAUGGGGAAAGAGAUAUCUAUAAUGCUAUUGCUGUUGUUGCUCCUAAUAUGACAAAUAUGAUGAAAGAUCAUAGUAAGAAGAAUAAAGUUGAUAAAAAAACUGGUCGAGUACAUAGACAUGAUGAAGAUGAUGAUAAUUCAAAUGAUAUAGACUUUCAACUACAUUGUAUUGAUUUAACUUUAAGUCAACUAGAAUUUAUAAUAUUCCUUGAUUCUUGUACAUCUAUGUUAGAUCUACCGUUUGCUGCCAGACGUUUAUUUGACGAAAAAGGAAAAGAACAUUUUAGUUUAAAAACUGUUGUUAGAGAUCAAAUAGUUUAUAUAACUUGUGGUGAGAAUUGGUCCGAUCCUAAAUUAACUAAGGAAGAACAACAGAAACGUCACUACCUGUCUCAAGUAGCACAUGAUGUAAAUAAAAUAGAACAGUUCUGUGCUCUUAGACAUCCAGAAAAGUUUGUGAUAGAAAUAGAAGGUAAUUUGGUACCUAAUGCUCGAGUUCUCAUCAAUAAAGAAUGGAAUAGAGAUGAACAUUUACGUGUAAGUCAGUCUAUGGAAGAGAAACCACCCACACCACAACUAGCCCCACCACUACCACCACAACAAGAAAAUAUAGAUACAGAAGAAGCUCUAGCUCAGAUGACAGCAAGACAAAGAGCCAACCUAAAAUCUGAACAACGAUUGAAUGCAUUAAAAUGGCCGUGGGAAAGAUUGGUUAAUGUAAGUGGAAGUUUUGAUUAUGAAGAUCCAGAAGCUAAGAAAUAUACAGAUAAAGAAUUGUAUGAAAAAUUCAAGCCCAAGUCAUCACCAAGACUCUCACGAGAUGUAUUACAGACAUUUUCUUAUGAAGAUGGUUAUAUAGCUUCUACAGCCAAUAGAAAUCUUGUAUUAGCUGUAAUUGAAGAGGAAUGUCGUAUGAACGACGUUUUAUUAGUAAAGCGUAUGCCGGAUGAUAUUAAUCAAAAAUGGGUCAUGACACAACAUGGUGAAAUCCGUUCUAAAUGUUACCAAAAUCUGGUUUUAACCGUUUCUAUGCCUAGUUUAGAGAACACAGAAAGUGGUCAUCUCAUGACCUUUGUCGGUUGUCCUGUGAUACUACAAACUCGACGAACCAAUCAGUUUGGUAAAGCUCAUCAGCGAUGGCAUUAUGAUGCUGAAUCUGGACUGAUCCAAGCUUUUCAUACUGAAUUACCAGAUAAAGAAAUAACGGCAGCUAAUCAAGCUGAUGUCUGUACGUUUGCUAUUGCUCAGACAGCACAGAUAGAUCAACCGGGUUAUUCUGUCGAGAUACCAACAAAAUCUAACAAUAAUAAUCGCUCUAAUUAUAUAGAGAUAAAAGUGUGUAUAUCAUGUGCAAGAGCGAUGCGGGGUCGUUAUAAAAUAACUAAACUAAAAGCUAACACACCUUUCUCUUGUGCUAUGGGUACUGCCAAAAAACUUAGACUCAAACAAAUUGGAAGUUUCCGAAUUUUGAAUGGUAAGGUUGACCUUUCAACCCAUGAGGCAGAAAUAACAUUAGCAAGGUGGCAGCAGAAACUAGAGAAUCUACAAAAAGAAGCCAAUGCCUCAAUCAUAGCUAAAGAGAUAUCAGCUUCUAGAAACGUUAAAAAUGUGAAAAUAUUGGCAUAUAAAAAUGGUGAAGGAAGAUUACGACCAGGAGAAAUAAUUUGUGGUUCUAGUAUUCAAGGUUUAUUAAAUCAGUGUAUGAAGAGAUUAGGAUUAAACAAUGCUGCUAGAAGAUUAUAUACAGAAGAUGGAUUAAUUAUGUUAGAUAUAGAUGAUCUCAUACAGUAUGCUCUAGAGAAUUAUAAAAACUCGAUGGUCGAUAAACUAGAAAAAAUGAUGACAGAAAACGGCGAGGUGCAAGUUUCAGAUGAAGAAGAUAUAACAUCAACACAACAAAAUCAUGUGCAAGAACAAUUUAACCACUUUCAAGAAAGAUCAGAGAUAGACCUCAAUACACCAUUACAACGUGCCAUGCAAAAUAUAGAACAGGAUGAAGAAGAUGAACGGGGUGAUAAUGAGAGGGGUGAAAGUGAGAGAGGUCAAUCAGAAUUUCAAGACCCUGUAGAAAACGGUCAGGAACUUACAGACGCAGAACAUUUAAAUGUCCGAGAAGCAGAAGUUGAUGAUAAAGAAGCUGAAAAAAUUCAACGACGAAGAGAUCAUUUACUAAGUCAGAUCAAGUUACCUACUCUUGAUACUAUUCUACGUUAUCCAAUAGAAAUCUGGGUUUCAAGUGGCAAGUCUUUUGUACCUCCUGAAGUUGUUGAAUCUAAAGAAGUUAAUAGAAAGAAGAGAAGAGCUUUCCGUGCCCAGGUGUCACUAGAAUUAGAUUUAGAAAAACAUGUACUAAGACAGAUGAAAGGUCGUCGUAUUGAGUCACAGAAACCUGGUGAAUAUCGUUCUACAUUAAGUAGUAAACAGCCGGUUGUUAAGGAAGGUAAUUGGGAACAACCAACAGUUGAAGAAAAAAUCAAACAUGAUACCGUUAAUAAAUUAGAGACUCAUCUAAAUGAAAUUCGUAGUAACCAGAAAACAGGAAGUGUAGCAACUUUAAAUGUUCGAUCAACCAGAAAACUAUACCAUACACCAACAACAAUUCGAGUUGUAGCCUAUCCUAAUGGUGAAAGUACUGAUAGAGCUGUGUAUCUUUAUGGAGCUGAUAUGAAUGAAUUGUUAGAGAAUGCUACAGCUAAACUAAGUUUAUGGAAGAAAGCUAAACUCAUAUAUGAUGAAGAUGGCAAACAGAUAAAAGACUUUAGUAAUAUCACUAGAGAUCAACUUCUGUGUAUAUCAACCGGUAAUUCAUUUAAAAGACCUAAAAAUUCUACACAAGAUAUAGAAGUUAAAGCUAACUGGGGUCGAGCUAGAAAACAAUAUGGACCAGAAGCUACAGAUUUACGAGUUUAUCCUAGUAAAAAUAAAAAAGUUGAUGUUGAUCCAUUUGGUCCACCAGAGUUAGCCCUACCUGUGACUAUAGUAGAUAAAGAGGAUACACCUAGUGGUAGAUAGAAGAAUUUAAUAUUAUAAAAUAUAUAUUUUAUUACUUAUAUCAACCAGUGCUGAUAGUAUAUAUAUUUAUUAAUUUAAUAUUUAUCUAUUUGUGUAGCUCUUCAUUGCGAUCUCAAUUACAUAGACAGAAAAUACUGUUUAUUUUAUCACUGAAUACACAUUCAAAAUCAUAGUAAAUGUAGCCAAUCUCAUCACCAAAUAGUGAGCAAAUACAGCGAAGUUUAGGAAACCAUGGUGUUAAGGAGACUUGUAUAUUAUAUCUAGAUCUAAUUAUAUAAACCUUGUUGUUACAGAGAAUUAUAUAUUAUAUAUAGAUUUAAUUAUAUAAACCAUGGUAUUACAAAGAAUUAAAUAUUAUAUCUACAUCUAAUAAUAUAAACCAUGGUGUUAUAGAGAAUUAUAUUUCAUAUGAUCUACAUGGUGUUACAGAGAAUUAUAUAAUAUAUCUACAUGUAAUUAUAUAAGCUAUGGUAUUAUAGAGAAUUAUAUCUAGAUCUAAUUAUAUAAACUGUGGUGUUGUAGAGAAUUAUAUUUCAUAUACUAUUUAGAUCUGAUUAUAUCAACAAUUGUAAUAUGUAUUAAAAGCAACAUUCACAGAUUACCACAUGCUUUUAGAUGCAGAGAUUGUUUUUUAUUUCUAACUGUACAUAUUUAUUGAAUUUAUAUCAAUUGUUUAUCCUUUUUUAAAGUUUAUAUUUAUUCCUUAGAUCAUUUGUUUACAAUUUAUUUAAAUUUAUUCUUGUCAAUUUUAAACAUCAAUCCAUUUUUAGAAGAAAUGUAUUUUUGUUUUUAUAAAUGUUUAUUUUAAAAUUUGUAAUAAAUUUAUAAUUGUUUCAUAGCACUUUAUUAAAAUCAGCACUACCAGAAUCAUUCCCUCUUUAAUUGAUGUAAUCAUAACAUUAGGAUUAAAUUCACCCAUUUUCAUUGUAAGUUUCUAGAUGGAUUUAUAAUGAUCUCAUAAACUGUCUCAAGAGUAACCAAGACAAUGUUUUAUUACUAUAUUUUACUUAUUAUCCAGAUUGGACAGGAUUUUUCAUUUUAGGAGUUAUUGAAGAUUUAAAGAAAUCUGUGAAUGUUUUAUGAUAUACAUAUAUGGCAGCCCUAUUUUCUUGGUACGCACAUUGACUGAAAACAAAUUAUCAACAUUUUAAAUGUAUUUUUCUUAUAUUUUUUGGUCUAAUUUAAAAGUUGCCUCGUAUUUAUUUGUACUUUUUGGACAAAUUAGAAUUGUAUUAUAAACAAAGAUAGCCAAUGGUGUAGUCAGGUUUUUGCUAAAGAGAAGGGACCUGGUCCAACUGUCACUUCCUCAAUUUCAUGUUUUCGUAAGGAAGAAUGCUCUUUUGGGGACCUAAGUGUAGUGUUUGACCCCUUCAUAGAACCCCUAGUACAUCCUGGUGUGUUAUUACACUUUACCAGAAUAUGGUUAUACACAGGGUAGUAAGUAUGUAAUUAAGUAUUAUUUAUUAAAAGUGUAUGUAAAUAUCUGACUGGUAUUAUUAAAUAUGAUGUAUACAUAGUUUUUAGUAUAACUGUAAUCUCUGUAUUAACUGUGAUAUUUUGUGAUUAUAUUAUUUCCUCUGUAAAAGUGGAAAAUUUAGAUUAGAAAAUGUUAAAUCCGUCCAGUUUAAAGUUUUAUUGUGAUAUUUUAACAUUUAUGUCAACCAUAUUUGGUUGUAUUUUUUGUUGAACUACAUUGACAUUUGACAUAUUUUCUUUGAAGGCAAUGGUCAGGUCACAUUGACUUAUUUGGAAAUCAAAUUGACUGUAUGGUAUAACUAGUAGCCAUUUUGGAAUAAAACAUGACUGACUGAUAUAGUAUAACUGUUACUGGCAGAACAAGGUAGUUCUAGAAAGUAGCUCAGAUUACAAUAUAGUUUAUAAUCUCUGAAAAAAAUUGAAUGAAUUGUAAUUUAAUUAGAUUAAUAUAUUCCCAACUAAAUGUCAAUAAUUCCUCAAUGUUUCAGUUAUUCCAUUUUGUUUUAAAUAUCAUUUAAUUGAGACCUUUAAUUUUUUAAAUUAAAUUAUGAUACAUGUUGAACAUGAUGGAUUAUCAAAGAAAGUUGAGACAAGUUUGUGAAAUCAAUCAGUUGAAUUUUUCUGAUUAUUUAUUGUUUAGUAUGUAUUUAAUGUAAACGUUGUUAUUGAUGUUUUAUAUAAUGAUAAAAAGCUUUCUAUUUAUUUCUAAUCAUCUAUUCACAGAUCACUAUAUAAAUAAAUAUUCUGUUAAAUAAUAAAUAUUAUAAUUCUGCUACA